AUGCCCGAUAUGCGGAGACACGCUGCCCUUUGUCAAGACGCCGAGACCAUUUCUCCAGAUGAGCCUAUCGCCAUUGUCGGAAUGGGUCUGCGACUGCCAGGCGGAGUCUCCUCUCCUGAUGAAUUCUGGGAAUUCCUGGUGAACAGACGAGAUGGACACGGUCCCGUUCCUUCGAGCCGCUACAAUGCGGAGGCUUUCUUUGAGCCUGGGAAGACUCCCAUCAGCGGGUAUUUCCUGCAGGAGGAUCCGGCCUGCUUCGAUGCCCCGUUUUUCUCCAUCACCCCGCAAGAGGCCAUGCGAAUGGAUCCGCAACAGCGGUUACUGCUCGAAGUGGUUUGGGAAUGUCUUGAAAGUGCGGGAGCGAGAAAGUGGCGGGGUCAGAACGUCGGCUGUUUUGUUGGUGUCUUUGGGGAGGACUGGUUGGAGAUGUCCUUCAAGAACGGCCAUCAGAUCGACCGCUACCACGCGAUUGGCACUGGAGAAUUUGCACUAUCCAACAGGGUUUCCUAUGAAUUUGACUUCCAGGGCCCUAGUAUGACGAUCCAAUCGGCCUGUUCAGCAUCACUGGUGGCAUUGCACCAGGCCUGCCAGGCCCUCCGGCUGGGCCAGUGCUCAGCAGCUAUAGCGGCUGGGACAAAUAUCAUCUGGUCUCCGACCAUGACUACAACCAUGGUUGCUAACAUGGUCCUCUCCCCAAGCGGAACUUGUCGGACUUUCGAUGCUCAGGCAGAUGGAUAUGGCCGCGGUGAAGCAAUCAACGCUGUCUAUAUCAAGCGGCUCAGUGAUGCCCUGCGCGACCAUGAUCCGAUCCGGGCCGUAAUUCGCUCGACGUCUACCAACUGUGAUGGCAAAACCCAGAAUAUCAGCUAUCCCAGCCCAUUUUCUCAGGAGUCCCUCAUUCAAAAUGCUUACCAACAGGCGCAUAUAAAGGAUCUCCGCGACACGGGAUUUUUCGAGUGCCAUGGAACUGGCACCGUGGUCGGGGACGCUGUUGAAACCUCAGUUGUUGGAAAGCUCUUCCGGGGUGCUGGGGUGAUGAUUGGAAGUGUCAAACCCAACGUCGGCCAUUCUGAGGGGGCCUCCGGUCUCACCAGCGUGAUCAAGGCCGUCCUAGCACUGGAACAUCGCACGAUCCCACCGAAUGUUCAUUUCAAUACCCCGAACCCCCAUCUUGGCCUGGUGGAAGCCAACCUACAGGUUCCCUUAGAGGCCAUCCCCUGGCCCGAGGACCGUCGUGAGCGGGCGAGUGUCAACUGCUUCGGCAUUGGCGGAUCAAAUGCACACGUCAUCCUAGACUCUGCGGCAUCUUUCCUCUCAACGAUGGAUCCGGCCCCUUUGACCUUCAAGGACUCGAAGCUGUUGUUCAUCUCGGCGCAGAGUGCGGAAAGUCUGAAUCGGCGUGUCGGUGACCUGACGCAGUAUGUCAGCCAUCAUCCAUCCAUUCUACAUGAUCUUUCGUACACGUUGGCCGUACGGCGCGAGCAUUUACCUCACCGUGCAUUUGCCGUGGCUUAUCCAGACGUGCCCGUGGAUCCAUCCGAUUUCCACAAGUUCACAUGCCAUUCCUCGACCUCCAAUGUCGCGCUUGUGUUCACAGGCCAAGGGGCCCAAUGGGCGGGAAUGGGAAGGGCAUUGAUGCACACACAGGGCUGCUUUGCUGCAGUCGUUGAUCAGAUGGAUGAGGCGUUGCAAAGCCUAGAUGAUCGCCCUGAAUGGAGACUGAAAGAAGAAUUGGCCAAGGACCCGAUUUCAUCUCGUGUGCAGGAGGUUGAACUAUCCCAGGCACUCUGCACCGCACUCCAGGUGGGUAUUGUGAGUGUCCUUGCAGAGUGGGGAAUAGAGUUUUGUUCGGUUGUCGGCCAUUCUAGUGGUGAAAUGGCUGCUGCUUAUGCCGCCGGUGCUAUCACCCCCCAAGCUGCUAUAAUCAUUGCAUAUUAUCGUGGAAAGCUGGCAAAAACGCAAGAAGGCCUAGGGGCCAUGGCAUCCGUUGGUUUGAGCCGGCCAGAGGUAGAGCCUUUCCUGGCCGACCAUGUCAUAGUGGCUUGUGAAAACAGCCCCCAAAACGUGACCCUUUCAGGAGACAGCGCCCAAAUUGACCAAGUUGUGGCACAUAUCAAGUCUUCGAAUCCGGAGACUUUUUGUAGGAAAUUGGCUAUCAAAGUAGCUUACCAUUCAGAGUUCAUGGGCCGCGUGGCUCAGGCCUACCAGGAUGCUAUCGGUCGACAUAUAGAACAUGGCACGUCCAUGCUGCCCAUGUUUUCUAGCGUCACUGGCGAAAUAAUCACCAAGCCUGGCCAGUUAGAUGCGGCCUAUUGGCGGCGAAAUCUAGAGUCCCCAGUGCUCUUCUCCGGGGCGGUCCAGAAUUUGAUCCAGCACACAGAGCACCGGCAGAUAUUGAUCGAAAUAGGCCCCCAUUCGGCCCUUUCAGCCCCUAUCCGACAAAUAUUCCAGAAUAUGACCGCGACAAAAUACCCUCCCGUGUAUAUUCCCACACUGGUGCGGAAUGAUGAUGAUGCCCGGUCCCUCUUGCUCUCAACAGCAGGUCACUUAGUGACGAUGGGACUCCCAGUUGAUCUAUCUGCGAUUAUUGGCCCGGGAAGAACACUGACAAACCUCCCACGAUAUCCAUGGCAACAUGACACUCGGUACCUGAGAGAAGGUCGACCAUGCCAGGAUUGGAGACUCCGAUCACAUCGGCAGCAUGAGCUGCUAGGAUCAAGGAUUGGAGAGUCAACAGCCCUGGAACCGGCUUGGAGGAACAUGCUCCACCUAGAUAAUGUCCCGUGGUUGUCGGAACAUGUUCUGCAGGGCCAGGUAACCUUUCCUGGAGCAGGGUAUAUCGCCAUGGCUGGAGAAGGAAUCUACCAACUACAUCCGGAUAUAGAGGGCUAUUCCCUGCGAAAUGUCCACUUCAAAGUCCCGUUACUCCUGCGUGAUGAUAACGCGGUUGAAGUUAUCACAAGAUUCAACUCCAUCGAGCUGGCGGAUGGGGUCAGUUCGGACUGGUACAACUUUAGCAUCGCGGCAUAUGACGGGGGGUCCUGGAACAUACAUUGUCAGGGCCAGAUAACACCGGGCCAUCCACAGCCCCUUGAAGAAUGCAAAGUCACGCACCCAUUUCCUCGGCCUCUCGAGUCUAAGAGGUGGUAUCAAAGCCUUCAACGACAGGGUCUGGAGUACGGGCCACGUUUCCAAGGGCUACAAGAUAUCACCGCUAGUCCGACCAGUAGAAUUGCUUUAGGGACGGUAACCGAUCCCCUCGAGCUCCAUGAAAGCCGAUACACAAUCCAUCCUUGCGCUAUCGACCAGUGUCUGCAACUGAUGGGGGUUGCGGCGUCGUCAGGGAUUCCCAGCAGGCUCCGGAGGAUGUAUAUACCGGCGAUGAUUGAACGGCUUUUUAUCGCUAAGGGGGCCCCGAAGAUGACGGUGGAAGUGGAGACUUGGGACGGAUUGCGUCAAGGCCAAUGCGGGAAUGGCCUCGGCAUGGUCGAUGGCCGGGUGGUCUUUUCCAUGCAGGGCGGUCUUCUGUGUGCUAUAGACGCCCCAGGAGCGAACGAUGCGCCAUACCUGGCCUCGCGUAUGGACUGGAAGCCAGACAUCGACUUGCUCCCUUCGACCGGCUUGCUGCCUGAACCCCAACCCAACCCUGAUUACGAAGACGCUGUUAAGUGUGGAGGCUUCCUGUGCUUGUUGUGCAUUAUCGCUACGGCGGAGCGUAUUCGUCAUGUUCAUUCGGAGCAACCGCACCUGGUAAAAUGGAAGGAAUGGAUCCUUUCCCAGGCCGCCAUGGUCACGACUGGAAAGCAUCCGAACUUCGUCUACUUGGCAGAUUGGUACGACAAUGUUGGCUCGGAGGCUCCUCCCAUUCGCCGAUUGAAGGACACAUUGGGCGCAUACGAAAAGAAGGCCAAGGAAAGCCAGGAGAUAAUCAACCCCGCGUUACCGCUGUGGGCACAGGUGAAUCCGGUCGAAGCGGUCGAAUCCAUAGAACAGAUGCUGAAAGAUUCAUCUGCUACCAUUGGCGGCCACAUUUUCCCAUGCAUGCUGCAGGUUUUCUCCCACUGCGUGGAGUUCAUGACCGGGGAGCAGUCGGCUUUGGAAUGCCUGAUGGAGGACAAUAGUUGGGAGACAUUUUACGAAUCACCCGCGGCGGAGACGGACUGGAGCCACUUUCUCAACCUGCUUUGCCAUUCAAAUCCUGCCCUUCGUGUUUUGGAAAUUGGCGCUGGCUCCGGCUCCGCGACUAAGAGAGCUCUGCCGCACCUAAAAUCCCAUACUGGAGUGCGCAUGUACUCGCGCUAUGUGUUCACUGACAUUUCGUCCGGCUUUCUGGCAAAGGCUCGGGAAAAGUUUGGCCAGGAGCACAUGGAAUACAGCACCUUGGAUAUUGCUCGUGAUCCAGUAGAACAGGGCUUCGAACCUCACAGUUUCGACCUGAUCAUUGCUUCCAAUGUUCUUCAUGCCACCCCAAGUCUCAACACCACCUUGCAGCACGUCCAUGCGCUGCUGAGUGCAAAUGGCCGUUUACUGCUUCAGGAGACUUAUUCAGAUAUGCUGUAUACGGAUUAUAUCAUGGGUGUACUCCCCGGCUGGUGGUUAGGCGAGAGCGACCGACGAGCAGAGAAGCCUUACGUUUCGCCAGAAAGGUGGGACCAAGAACUGCGUGCAGCUGGAUUUACGGGGACCGAUACGACUGUGUAUGAUGCACGCCCGCCAUGCCAGUUUUCAGCCAGUAUGAUUUCAAGACCGGUCGUUGACAGAGUCCUGCCGGAGAAGGUCACCCUUGUGACGCAUUGUCCCAACGAGAAAUGGGCAGCAGACGUCGAGGGGGAGUUUCGAAGCAAAGGACAUACCGUCCACACGGCCCGGCUAGAUCAGGUACCGCAAGACGAACGAAACAAUGUCAUCAUUCUAGACAACGUCAAGGAAUCGUUCUUCCACGAUCUUACACCUGAGCGUUACCUUAUGUUGCGACAGUUCCUGUGCGAGAGCAGGGAAUGCCGGAUUUUAUGGAUCACGCAGGCAACGCAAUCAAUCUCUCAAGACCCGAGUGCAGGAAUGAUUCAUGGGCUUGCGCGAGCACUGAGACAUGAGCUGCAUCAGGAUAUUUCAGUCCUUGAAGUAGACCGUCUCGGCACCGGAUCAGCCAAGGCCGUGUAUGACAUCCAUGCGAAGAUUCAGAGAGAUAGGAAUACGCCUCAUCUGGAUAAUGAAUACGAGUUUGCAUAUAAUGACGGUGUGGUGCAUACCUGCCGGGCCCACUGGACGCCGCUACAAGCGCAGCGCUCCCCGACGGUUUCAUCAGAGACACCUCGAAAACUGGCAAUCUCACAGCUUGGACGUCUGGAUACGCUGCAGUGGAUACCAAAGGCUAUUAGCUCCCAGUUAGAUUGUGGGCAAGUUGAGGUAGACAUCACAUAUGCCGGUCUUAACUUCAAAGAUAUAAUGGUAUCGAUGGGUCUCGUUGGCAAAUCAGACGAACUUGGCAUCGAGGCAACGGCUGUCGUUCGUCAGCUUGGCCCAGGUGUGAUGGACCUGAAAGUCGGCGACAAUGUGUGCAUCAUAGGCUCCGGCUUAAUGGCCACUCGAACAGUAGUGUCGGCUCGGAACUGCAUCAAAUAUCCUCAGCACAUCUCUAGCCAGGAUAUGGCAGGUAUGUGGACAGUGUAUAUCACUGCCAUCUACGCACUGGUCCAUGUUGGUAGCGUGCACCAGGGACAGUCUGUACUAGUCCACUCCGCGGCGGGAGGGGUUGGCCUGGCAUCCAUUAACAUCUGUCAACUGCUCGGCGCUGAGAUUUAUGCCACGGUAGGGAGUGAGGAAAAGGCGCGUCAUCUGGUUGACAAUGUCGGCAUUCCUCGAGAGAGAAUAUUCUGCUCGAGAGAUGAUUCCUUCCUGCCGAAUAUUAUGAAGGUAACCAACGGUCGAGGCGUAGACGUUGUCCUAAACUCGCUUGCUGGGAAACUCCUACACGCGUCAUGGGAAUGCGUUGCACCUUUUGGAAAGAUGAUUGAGCUUGGGAAACGCGAUUUUCUGACCCAUGGCAUGCUCAGCAUGAGCCCCUUCCUUGCUAACCGCACCUUCGUCGGGGUGGACCUGUUCCAAAUCUGCUGGGAGAACCUAGACUUGCGCGAUAGUAUCAAGGAAACACUGUUCCGAUAUUUGGAGGAAGACAAAAUCCGACCCAUUCGUCCUGUAAGAGUGUUCGAGGCUGGCGAGGCAGAAAGUGCCUUUCGACAUAUGCAGGGUGGAACCCACAUGGGGAAGAUCGUCAUCCAGAUGCCAUCGGAAAGGAACCCCCUCCCUUGUCUGGGGAUUCCAGACACACCCAGCUUUUCUAACGAUGUCUCGUAUCUGCUCGUUGGAGGUAUGGGCGGGAUUGGGCGUUCUGUCUCAACAUGGAUGGUCGAGAACGGCGCACGGGAGCUUGUCUAUCUAUCCCGAUCUGCGGGCCAAUCCGACAGUGACCAGGCGUUCAUUCGCGAGCUCAAAGCCCAGAACUGCAAUGUUAUCUGUGUGAAGGGCUCGGUCACCAACAUGACAGACAUAAGACGUGCUCUCAGCCAAUGCACCAAGCGUCUCGCCGGCGUUCUGCAAAUGGCCUUGACUCUGAAGGACGGUACCUUCGAAGAGAUGACGUACGAAGAAUGGAUGAUGGUCCUGGCGCCAAAGGUGAAAGGUACAUGGAAUCUCCAUCACGCUGUGGAAGAGAUGUCACUCGACUUCUUCGUCAUGUUUGGCUCUGUGGUGGGGACUGUAGGAUCUGUCGCUCAAGCAAACUAUGCGGCGGCCACGUCUUUCCUAGACGCAUUUGUGCAAUACCGUCGGCAGCGUGGGCUCCCCGCCUCAGUGCUCAACCUCGGCGCUGUUGAAGAUGUUGGAAUUGUCAGCCAACGUCAAGAAUAUCUUCAGAAUAUCCGAGUAUCAUGUAUUCCACUCCUCUGCGAGAAAGAUGUACUGGAAGGCCUAUCCGUGGCUAUCCAAGACUCCCCUAGUGGCUCGGAAAGUGGCAAUCUGGUCGUUGGCCUAGGGCAUACGAAGCCCAUAUCCGAGAGCUCUAUGUUGCCUAUGUGGGGACAUGAUGUGCGGUUCUCCUUGUUCAGCAACCUUCAAUCGACCGUAGCUGUGCAAGCCCAGGUCGGAGAUGACGAGCUGAAAUCGCUGCUAGCCGAGGUGGAGCAGUGUCCUUCUCUCUUGGGGAAGACAGAGACCAUCGACCAGCUCAGGCGUACACUAGGCAAAACCGUCGCAGAGAACAUGAUGCCAGGUAGAGAGCUAGAUGAGGAGCAGGAGGCAAACCUGGUGAUCGACUCCCUUGUGGCAAUCCAGAUGAAGAACUGGGCUCGACGAGUUGCGAAGGUCGAGCUCAGUCUCUCGGCCAUUAGCAAUGCCAACACGGUGGGCGGCUUGUCUACCUUGAUUGUGGAUCACAUCAGGGCCAGGCACCAGCAAGACGAGAUGAUAACCGAGUAGCUCAACGGUUUAGCAAACUAGGGUUAAUUCUGAAUUCUCUUGCUGAGGUUCAAUAGAUAGCUG